ACGCAGGCGCAGUGGCGCGAGUUCCGCAGUGAGGCAACAUGUCUUCGCCGACCGUCGCUUCGCGUCUGUACUCCUUGCUGUUCCGCAGGACUUCCACCUUCGCCCUUACCAUCGUAGUGGGCGCCCUGUUCUUCGAGCGCGCCUUCGAUCAGGGCGCAGACGCGAUCUACGAGCACAUCAACGAGGGGAAACUGUGGAAACAUAUAAAGCACAAGUAUGAGAACAAGGAGUGACCCCUGCCCUGUGGGGCCAGAAGGAACAGUCACCUGUCAGCGGUUUGCCUGGAGUUGGGGCCUCAGCCUAAGGAUGAGUUUCAAGUUACUCUUCAUGGACCACCAGUAUGUUGGCAAGCAGUGGCUCCACUGAACAAACAGACUCUAACUUCUGCUGUGUUUGAAGUGUGUUUGACUACAGCUGUCAGCAAAUAAAUGUAACUUGUUCAUAAGA